UGCUCAGAAAAGGGAUAUUUCAUAGACAAGGUGUGCUGACAAUGCGGACGGCUCUGGUACUGUUGGUGCUGCUGUCAGUGGCUUCAUACGCUGUGGCAAAGGCCAAAAACCGCUUCACUCGAUAUCCAUCAUGGAAUACUAAGAUGUACCCUGUCUGGAAAGAUGGAGACCCACGGUACAAAGACUCCUGGAAGGGUGGAAGGGUGUCUUUUAAUGUUGGGAAUGAUGCACCAACUCUAACUGGAGCCAAGGUUACCUUCACCAUUGACCUGGAGUUUCCACACAACCAGAAGGUGCAACCAAAUGGAGAGGUUGUUUGGGCUGAGGACUGCAUAGGCAAUGGAACUAAAUACCGUGAAUCUGAGCCAGUAUACCCAACACAGAGCACAGAAUGGGAAGGCGUUUUCCCCGACGGGACUCCCUUCAAGAAGGACAAAAAGCCUAGUUAUGUGUUUGUCUGGAAGACAUGGGGUCAGUACUGGCAGGUAUCAGAUGGCCCCUCCUCCUCCCUGACCAUCGGGACAGAUGAUGUCCCCCUGGGCUCCUACACCAUGGACAUUGUCAUCUACCACUACCGCAGCAAGGAGAAGUUCAUUCCUCUGGGAUAUGCUUCCACUCAGUUCUCCAUCACUGAUCAAAUUCCCUUCGCUGUCUCUUUGGACCAAGUGAAUGACAUUGUGGCAGGGGACAUGCGCUUCAUCCAGAACCGGGCAAUCGCCUUCACCAUCACCCUCCACGACCCCAGUGAGUAUCUCAGCAACGCAGACAUCACCUUCAACUGGGACUUUGGUGAUGAAAGUGGAGCGCUCAUAUCCAGAGAGCUGACUGUCACCCACACCUACAUUAACUCGGGUUCCUACAAGCCCCAGGUGGUCAUUCAGGCAGUCAUCCCUGAUAAGGCCUGUGACCCCCCAGUUGGUAUCCCUACUCAUCCCCCACCUGCUGGAUCAGGCACUACAGCAGUGAAGGCACCUGCACUGGUGUCUGCUGUGCCAUUGCUGGUGUCCACCAAGGCAACUGGUCUAAAUGUGAACAUUGGCCCAUCUGACACAGAAGAGGACAACACUGAAGAAGAAGCCUCCACUGCCUCAACUGCACAACCAGCCCAGGAAACUGCUGCUGUGGACAAGACUCCCUCCCCCAUCAACCCUGACAAGGCAGCUGACUCAGCCACAGCAACCUCCAUGAUACCUACGGCUGUGACCCAGAGGACAAAGGAUGACGCAGUGACUGGGCUUGCUGCAGGUGCCAAGGGGACAGUGACACUGACAGGCCAAGCCACAGUGGUUGUAUUUGCUAAGAGAGAUGCUGAUGAUAAACCCUCAGAUGAUGAUUGCGUGAUAUACCGUUAUGGCUCAUUCUGCACUGGCAUUGAAGUAGUUGAGGGUAUUGAGAAAGUUGAGAUAGUGCAAAUGGAAAAUGCUGUGAUGACAACACCCGAAGCUGAGAAAAAUGUGUUGGAUCUCACUGUAACCUGCCAGGGAAGCUUUCCAAAAGAGGUGUGCAGUGUGAUCCUGGAUGCAGAGUGCUUGAAGCCAAUUCACACAGUGUGCAACAUGGUGGAGCCAUCUAAGGAGUGUCAGCUCAUGUUGCGUCACUUUUUCAAUGACUCCGGUGUUUACUGCAUCAAUGUGUCCAUGGCUAAUGAUGUCAGCUUAGCUGCCACCAGUGCUAAAGUCAAUGUCAGCAUGGGCUCUGGUCUAUCCUCAUCUGGCACCAUAGCUAUGGUGCUGGGAGUCCUGGUAGUUGCUCUAGCAGUAGGAACAGUAGCAUAUUCUUACAAGCGCUUCAAGUCCUACCAUCCCCUGAAGGAGGAUGUUGUGCCUGCAGGCCCCCAGGUCAGCCAGGCUCACACCUGCUCCAGAGUGGUGAUGUCCUGGAACCCUUUGAACCGACGUGGAGCGGUGGACAACUGCCCGCUGCUGCAGGACAGGCUGGUGUGACUGAGCAGAACACCAAGCCAGCACCGUCUACUACAUACACAACCAGGCAACAUCUGAUUUGCACAUCAUAGUAACCUGGACUGUCUUUUUAUACAUUUUUAUACAUGUUUUCUACUGCAAAAAUUCAUGAAUGUGUAAGAUUUUGCUUUUCCUAAACUUUAAAUCAAGUGAUAAUUUGCUUAAUAAUAUUUUAGACAAACAUGAUUCUUUUGGUACCCACCUGAAGCAAGUUGGGUGGUAACAGUGUAUGUUUUAACUUGGACCGAACUGAAUUUAAAUGUUUCUUUUUCCAAUAAACCUUGUUCAAAACUGUUA